CGUUAGUUCUGUUGGUGCGUCACCCGCGCUCUUUCCACUUCCUUCGCUUCCUCAGUCGAACUCCCUGUCUGGCGGGGCGAAUCAAUUAGGGUUUCUCCGCGCCACCUCGAUUCCAAUGGCGAUCGAAGAAGAGAAGCAACCGGAGGCGUCGCCAUUGGCUGUGAAGACGACGGCGAGCCCUGGGGAGAAUGUGUCGCAGAGCAACUCCUGCGAUCCUCCUCCUCCGAAGCGCGGCGAGGAGGAGCCGAGCAAGCCGCAGAGCCCGUCGGAGUUCAUGGUGGAAGUCGCCGCCAAAUUGGCCUCGCAGCCUCUGAACAACAACGACCCUCAAGUCUGGGGCGUGCUUACUGCCAUUUCAAAUAACGCGCGCAAAAGAAACCAGGGCUCAAAUAUGCUUCUUACGGCAGAUGCGCACAAAAUCGGUAGAAUGGUGGUGGAUUCACAAUUUCGGAUUGACUCCUUAGCAGUUAGUGGGAACCAUUGCAUUAUGUACAAGAAGACAAUCGCUACUGACGCUUUGGAAACUUAUAAGGGCCAGACAUCAGUUUUCUUGAAAGAUACUAGCACUAAUGGGACAUACGUUAACUGGACAAAGUUGAAGAAAAGUGGUCCGGAAGUCAACAUCAGUCAUGGAGACAUCAUAUCAUUUGCUGCUCCUCCUCAUCUAGAAGCUGCGUAUGCAUUUGUAUUUCGAGAAGUCACCAAGUGCACUUCAACCAUGGCUGGGGAAUCUGCUAAAAGGAAAGGAGAGGAAAUUGGUCCUGAAAUCAAGAGACUUAAAGGCAUUGGCAUUGGUUCUUUAGAAGGUCCAAUAUCCCUUGAUGAUUUUCGAAGCCUGCAGCGGUCGAAUGCAGUAUGUUCAUUUGCUUGCAUAAUUGAAUUGAGGAGGCAACUGGAAGAUCAGGUCCGUCGAAUUGAUGCAUUGCAGGAUGAGAAUCGUGCAUCCGUGGAGCGUCAUGAAAAUGAAAUGAAGGAUGUGAAAGUAUCAAUUUCAAGGUCCUACCUCGAACAGGUUAAAGAGUUGCAAGAUAUGGUUGAGACAAAGCAGAAGGAGCUUCUGGACAUGCACAAGUCAUCGGCUGAACAAAAACAUGUGAUUGAAGAUCUUAAUGAAAGGCUGAGUGCUUCUAUGCAAUCAUGUGCUGAAGCAAAUGAGAUUAUGGAUAGUCAAAAGGCAUCCAUAUCUAAACUUAAAGAACAGUUGGUGGAAGAGCGCGAUCAAAGAAGAGAAGAACGUGAAAAGGCUGCAGCAGAUCUGAAAGCUGCUGUGCAAAGAGCUCAUGCAGAGGCUCUGGAGGAGCUAAGGCGGUUUUCAGAUGCUGCCUCAAAACGAGAGCAAGAGCAGCGAGAAUUAAUAAAUAAGCUUCAGGAAUCAGAGAGAGAAAGGUGCUCAUUACUGGAUACUUUGAGGAUCAAAUUGGAGGAUACGAGGCAAAACUUGGUCAUCUCUGACAAUAAAGUACGGCAGUUAGAAGCUCAACUUUGUGAAGAACAGGAAGCCUGUGCAGAUAAAAGAAAAAGAGUAGAAGAACUCGAACUUGAGCUCAGAACAUUGAGAAAAGAGCUUGAAAGUGAGAAGCAGGCUGCUCGAGAAGAAGCAUGGGCAAAGGUUUCAAAACUUGAGCUUGAGAUUAGUGCUGCAAUCCGUGAUCUUGAUUUUGAGAGAAGACGGCUGAAAGGCGCCCGGGAAAGAGUGAUGCUGCGGGAGACUCAGUUACGGGCAUUUUAUUCCAAGACUGAAGAAGUUAUGGUAUUAUUCUCGAAGCAGCAGGAAGAAUUGAAAUCGAUGCAGAGGACCCUGGAGGAUGAGGAGAAUUACGAAAACACUUCACUUGAUGCUGACCUCAAUGUAGCUUAUGGGAACAUUGAUUGUAUCAUGGACAGAAGGAAAGAGGAGAAUAGCAAUCGCAGUAAUAACAAUGCCAAGGAAAAUUCAGCUACCUCAGAGCAGAGAUGCAACAGAAUUCAUGUUGUGGCAUCUACAGACGAAGCCAGUGUCACUGAGAAACAUGAAUGUGAUAUCAGAAGCCAAGAAGACGCUCAAAAUACACAAGAGGCUGAUUUCACCAGUGCUGGUCAGAGCAUUAAAGGUGGAUUUGGUUCUGAGAUCGAUGGUGUUGGAACGGAACCAGUUAUGGAGGGAGAUCCUGUUGACACUGAGCGAGUUCUCGAGACUGAGAGCCCUGGAAUUGAUGGUGGGCAAAAUAUUGAUCUGAAUAGAGUUAGUACUUUCGCUGGGGACACAAUGCAACUUGAUGAUGGAUCCAAUGUGCAAGAGACUGCUGAUCAAGCUCAAGCCCUUUCUCAGGAAGAGGAAACUCUACAGCAGUUCAAAUCGAACAAUGCUCCACAAACCUUAAAAGCUACGCAAGAUACUGAAGCAGAAACUCUGGGCACGAUCAAGACGGCAGACCUCUUAGCUUCCGAAGUUGCUGGGAGUUGGGCUUGCAGCACUGCUCCUUCUGUCAUUGGAGAGAAUGAAUCUCCUAGAAGUAGAGGUGAGAAUGAGGUUGGUGCAACACCUUUACCCGAUUCCAAUGGCUUUGUUGCCGAGAGUCAAAGUACUCCAUCAUCCGAUGCAGCUGUGGCUAGACUUAAUCAAGAACGACGUGCUUUGACAGAGAUGAUUGGGAUUGUUGCCCCUGAUCUGAAGGAGAAGUUUGCUGGUGCAAUGAGUAACGAUCACUGUGAAGGGAGAGAAGACCGGGGAUCUGUUUCAGACUCUGAUACCGAGGAUUACACUGAGAGUGAUCAUGCUAAUGGCAGUGCCCGACUCCAGUCGAGUUCAGAUACGGAGACUGAAAAGAGCAAUCGAGUUGACCAGGGCCGAAAUUUGGGUGAUCCGAUGGAUGAAGAUACCCAAGAAGACUCGGUUGGCUAGAAAUUAUGUAUGUGGUAGCUGAACCAGCUCUUUUGGAUAUUUCACACUGGAAGGAUCGACAUUCUUCCCUCUCUUCUCCUUUUCCUCCGGAAUCACAUUCUCAUCCUUUUGUAAAUAACUAAAUUGUAUAUAUAGUUUGUAAUUUGCUCGUCA